AUGGAGGUAGUUUACCAAAACUCCCUUGCAGAAAAUAUUGCCUCUGAAACACCCACAGUACAUAUUAGAGUGAGUUGCAAUCCUUAUGUCAAGGUGGUUAAACAUUUGGAUAAGCUACCCCGUGAUCCAAGCAGGGGCGAAUGUCAACGCCACCAUGGUCUAGAACCUAGUUUUUGGGCUCAUCUAGAGAAUCAUUUUGGUGCCUCCAAGUGGCACGAUUCUGGCCUUCCUGACGCUCUCGAUCGACAUAUGUUGACCAAGACUUAG